AUGAACAAAUAUAACACAAGGUUUAUAGAUCCAGUUUUGGAGAAAUAAUAUUUAAUUCAUAAAGUUAAGGUAAUAUAAUUUCCAAUAUUAACUUACUUGAGUUUUGGUGGUACUAUUUUAUUACUUGCAAAUUCAAUUGCCAAUAUGAUAAACAUGGAUUACACAAAUGGAUUGAUCAAAUUAACAGUCAUGACUUAUUUACUACUCUAAUACUUGGUAUUGAAAAAAAAAGCAUCUCUUAGAAUAAAUUAUAGUAAUUUAGCAUUAAUGAUGACUAAUUUUGCUUCAUUGGUCUUUGAAAUUUCAAUCUACCCUUAAUAUGAUUAUUACGAUGGCUAUUUACUUGGGUCUAAUUAGAUGCUAGUUCAUACAAUAUUGAUGUUUGCUUCUAAUUUAAAAGUAGGUAUCUUUAGUAAUAUUGCUCUGACUGUUGUAAGAAUUAUUUAAGUAGUUUAAAACUCAGACAAUCUUACUGUAUAAUAAUAUUUUUACUCAAUAAUUAUGUCAUUGAGUUUUAUGAUGGUAUAAUAUUAAAUCGAGAAAUAAUAUCGGCAAUCUUUUUAUUUAUAAUUCAAAGAUAAUAAUUGGGGUAUUAUUAGUAUAUAAUAUUAAAAAUAGAAAUCUUGAUGCCAUUAUUAUUGAAAAAACCAUUUUUCAUUUUCACGUUUAAUAAAUAAAUUAAUAUGUAUUAAACUUUAAUGAGUGCUUAAAAGGAUUUUUUUAAUUCAGAUAAUCCUCUUAGUACAUUUUUAUUUAAAUCAAAAAUAAAAUAGUAGACACUUGAGUAAUUUAUAGUAAGAAAAACUCGUUCUAAUGAACAUAAAAAUCAAUCUUCUUGUUUAUUUAAUUAUUAGAUGGUUGUUGAAUAUUAAAUGAAGAAAUUGCAAGUUUCUAUAUUUUGUUGUAGAUUUGAAUAGCUAAUUUACGCAAUAGUUAUAGACUCUGAAGAUCCUUUAAUAAAUUAAACUAAUAUAAAAUUAAAUUAAUCUUUAUAGCAUUGUAGAAAUAUUCUCAAUGCUUAGUUAAUGUAAAUCAAUAAAGUCUUAGGUCUUUACUUACAAGAUACUUUUAGUCCUUUGCUAAGAGAUUUAAGAGUAUCUUUAUUUGAACUUUAUUAUAAAUAAUUAUCAAGUCAUAGAUUAUAAUUAGUAAAAAUGAAAAAGCUAUUAAUUAAAUGUUCUAAAAUAUUUGAAACUCCAAAUAAUAAAAUUAAGAUUGAUUGUGCAGAUAACAUUCAAUUUGCUACAAUAAAAUCUACUUUAAUUAUAUUUCUAUUUGAAAUUUUUAAGUAGAUUGAAAAGAAUCAGCAAGUAUAUAUAUUUAUUAAUCAAAAAAAAACAACAUUAAUGUUUAUCUAUGGAUUAAAGUAAUUGCCAAAUAGUGUAUAAUUUGUACAAUGUUAGUAAACCUUAAUUGAUUAGACUGAAUGUAAACCUUAAUGUAAAUAUUAUUAUAUAAGCAAGAUUUUUCUUUUGAAUUUUCAAAAUCUCCGUCUUCUCAUUUUAAUUUUGAGAAUAAUGAUAAAUAUUAAUAAUUAGAAUGA